ACUUGUUACGGCUAACAGUAAUAACUCACACAACUAACACACCCCUCCCAAACUUGUUUGUGUGUUUCAUCUGUUGCUAGCUGACAAAAAUUGUGGUUCUAGAACCACAAAAUUUGUGGUGAUCUAAGACAAAAAUUCUUACGCGGUAUACAAGUUUUGUUGGACCUCGAAAAUUGUUGUACUGAACAACAAAAUUUAUUAUGCACAAAACAAAAAAUAUUAAAGUGAAAAUAAAAAUUAGAAAAUUAGAAAAUAAAAUUUGUAGUAAAGCAGACUGAUAAUUGUGGUCUAAUAAAAAUUGUGGUUCUGUUCAACAAAAAUUAUGAAUCUACAAAACAAAUAAUAUGCAACUUUUAACAAGUUUUAUAAGAAAAACAAAUAAAAAAAAAGAAGCUUGCAUCUUGCCACUAAAGUGUUGUACCAGAACCACAAAAAAUAAAAAUAGUUUUCAAUAAUAAUAUAAUGUGUUGCAAAGAAAUACUCAUCAAGAAGAAGAAAAAAAUAUAAAAUAAAUAACUUUAAUAAAGGAAAGAACUCAUUUACCGAUUGAAUUAAUUUUUCAAAUUGAGGCAUGUGCACUCACUUUUUAUUUGAAAAAAAGGAAGUGAAGUCUCGAAAAAUUGUUUUCAUAGUUAUCAUUUGUAAAUUCAAUAACUAUCAAAAAAUUUAACGUGACAAAAUUUAACGUGAAACUUGAAAAAAUGUCUCAUGAAAAUUGCAGAAACCUCAUCUCUGCAUAGAUAUUUAUAUCAGACCACGAAUCAAAAUAUACCACGAUAAUUUCACAAGACAGUAAUCAUCAAAAACCAAUACAAACAAAAACAAAAGAGAGUCGCGAAGAUCAAGAUGGUCAUGGAAACGUCAAAAAUGCUGUUUGACUAUCUAGUUUUUAUUGCUGCUAUAAUCGCAUCAUUUAUAGUACCCUUGUGGGGGAAGUUUCGCACAAAAAGAAAGGAAACCAAGGCGAGCUACGUGUUCGCAACUGGAAGUGUAUCUAUGGGCGCAAUGAUGCUGUCAAUUGCUCGUGGUACACUUGGAGUAAGAUCUUUUCUAGGAUUCCCGUCGGAAUUGUAUUAUCGUGGUAGUGCAAUGUGGGAAACGAUAUAUGGUAUGCUUCUUGCAUAUCCAAUCGUUUGUUUCAUUUUUGUACCGGUUUACUACAGCCUAGGGAUUACGUCUGUGUACCAGUAUCUUGAUAUGAGGUUCCAUUCAAAGCUUGUCAGAUGUCUGGCAAGUUUUUCUUACGUUCUGAGAAGUCUUUUAAAUUUAGCUGUCAUCGUAUUCACUCCAUGUGUUGCUCUCAAUGCAGUGAUUGGCCUCCCAUAUUGGGCGAGCAUAAUUGGAAUAACUACAAUAUCAGUUAUCUUCUCUUCGAUGGGAGGACUUCAAGCGGCAAUACUUUCAGAUGUCAUACAAGGCGUAACGAUGAUCACUAUAUCUUUGUUGAUUACUGUUGAAGGUGUCGUUGACGUAGGAGGACCUAGUACUGUCUUGAACGUGACUCAAUCUCGAGGUAGAUUGGAAUUUCUUAACUUUAACAUGGAUCCAACAAUUCGAGUGACAACAGUGUCAGCCACGGUGGGACAACUUUUUAUGAGUCUUUCCAUAUUUGGAUGCCAACAAAAUUUCGUUCAACGUUAUUGUAGUAUGAGUAGUCGCACCAAUGUCGUAAAGACAAUGAUUUAUAACAUGCCCGUGAUAUCAGCAUUCUUCACUUUAUCUUGGCUCGUUGGUAUGGUUAUAUUCGCUACAUAUGCUGAUUGUGAUCCACUACGAAUGGGAUACAUAUCGAAAUUCGAUGAAAUUGUACCAUUCUACGUCGAAGAUAAACUUGCAUACAUACCCGGAGUAUUAGGAUUAGUGAUGGCAACUCUCUUCAACGGAGCACUGACCUUGGCAGUGUCAAACCUCAAUUCACUAGCUACUGUUACAUUUGAGGACUUUCUGAGUCAAAUACCAGCGUUAAGUCAUUUGACAGAUCGUCAACAACUACAACUUAUAAAACUGAUAGGCGUGGUUUAUGGUUUUUUAAUUGUUGCUGCUAGUUUUCUCGUUGCAAUGUUAUCAGGUGUAAUUGAAUCAUCGAUGCUUAUGACUUCAGCAACAUCCGGACCAUUGCUCGGCGUCUUCAUUCUCGCUAUGUUAGUACCAUGUGCUAAUUGGAAAGGAGCUGCUAGUGGAAUGUUAUUUAGUCAUGUCUUGUCACUUUGGUUGACGUUUGGUCAUUUGACGGUGACUAAUGAAGAAGAUGCUCUUCCAUUAUCAACAGACGGUUGCAAAAAUGAUACAUUUUCGUCACAUUUGAUGAAACCAACGUCAGUAUUAAUUUCUUCAGUACCAGAAUUGAAAGCACCGAUAACUAUUACAUCAAAAUAUGGACCAGGAAUGCUUGAAUAUAUUUAUAGUAUAACAUAUAUGUACUAUGCUUUGAUUGGUAGUCUGACGACUGUUUUGGUUGGAAUCUUUGUGAGUCUUUUAACAGCUGAUGAGAAGAAAGAUAUUUAUGAACAACAUUUACUUCAUCCUCUUGCUGUUAAAAUAUCGAAAUGGUUCCCAGGCAAGCCAAGACUUUUUUCCGAAACAAGAAAACUUAGUGAUGAAAACGAAAAUGUUAAUCCAGCAUCAAAAACAUCAGUGAAUGGUGCAGAACACAUUUCGAUUGGUAAAACAAAACAAGGCAGUGAUCAGUACAUGAAAAAAUUACAUACGCUUAAAGAAGCAUCUUUAGACGUCACUAAUGAAGUAGCUAAAGGAACCAAGCUAUAAUAAUAACAUUAAUAAUAAUAAUAAUAAUAAUAAUAAUAAUAAUAAUAAUAAUAAUAAUAAUAAUAAUAAUAACAAGGCCUGUAAUAUCAUACCCAUUUCCUGGAAUGUUGAAUAAAAUAGAGAUUAGAAUAUUAUUCUGCUUGCAGUUUUGAUAGCAUUUCUUUAUGUACAUGUUUCCAUGAAUCGCAUACGUACUGAGUCUGUCAAAAAUUGCUUGGAAUUCAUUAAUUAUGAAUCGCACACAAUACGCAAACAUACAUAGAAAUAUAAUAUAUUGUAACGAGAUUUGACAGAUCUCGCGCUCCCGAAAAUAAUUAGAGGUCUGGUCUAAGGAGUAAGUAUUGACCACGACGCUAAUUAAUACCACCAGUUUGUAAGUAGCCUCGGUAGUGACAUGUAUUUUGGCCUGAAUAUCAGUGUUGACUUGGUAGACAUCCUCCAUGAGCGGAUAGUCAGGAUGCCUACCCUGGCUGCGUCAGAUUCUUAUCCCUGACUUCGACACUCCCACGAAGAGUCGCAUCAGGUGUGUGCACAAAUGAUCGUAUUGAGUGGGAUAAACGGAAAAGGGGAAAGAGGAUCCAUAGGAUCGGUGAUCGCUGGCAUCUCACUGCCAGUCGUUAUCCGGCUCUCGAAGCUGGCUGAUGGCACCGGGCUGAUAGGCAGUCCGUGGUUGGCUGCCGAUAAAGCUAGCUGACUCCUUGGUCGAGUUGGCUGGCCUCUUGGUAACGUCGACAUGUUCUUAUAAUGGAGCUAGUUGAUGUCACUGGUGAAGCUGCCUGAGUCCUUGGUGGAGUUAGCCGACUUAAAUGUGACGUUGACAGCUCUCUAGAGUGGAAGCAGUUGAUGUUGCUGAUUAGUUGUUUAGCCAUGCCUCCGAGUGUGAUUUAUAAUGUCGCUACGCUACAUAGGUAGGACGUUGUAUAUCACUCGCUCUCUCGCACUAAUGUGGUUACUUGCUGUCAGGGUCACCUGACAAUAGUUUUAUAUUCCAUUAAAUUAUAGACAACAUCGAAAGUUUACAUGCUGAAUUCACUACAUACAAAAUUUGUAUAUAAAGUUGAAUUCAAAAUAAUUUUUCUAGUGUCAAAAUAAUUGUUCAUUUUUUUGGGCGUUAUCUAAAGGGGUACGGAAAUAAGAUGCCAGUGAUUCAAGGACCUCCAAGUUCUGGAUAUCAUUUGACUGGAGAGAAUGAUUAUGAUAUGUGUUUUGAGCGUAUAUGUAAUAUUGCAAAGCCACAAGAUCUAAAAGAUGCUGUGAACUUAAGAAGCAUGACUUUUUCUCGUAAUGCACUCACAAUGCAAACUGGAGAUUCGUUCUACACUGUACAUUAAAAUACAAAAAAUUUAAGAGAUGAAUUUGCACGUUUCAACAAUCUUUCUUCCUUAGGGUUAGGAAAAAAACAUGAAUAUUACAAUAACUACAAUUGAACACAUUUUUUUCAUCAGUACACCUUCUUCUCUAGCUAAUUAUCGAUUUAACUUUUUGAUGGUAGAAUAAACAGAUCUUAGUUUUUGAUUUCGAUAUUUUGACGUGUUGAACGAUAAGGACAAGAAAUAUUUAUCCAAUUGAAAUUCAAAGUCCCAAAUAAUUUUUUUCCCUUAAGUCAAAACUUUCUAGGUAAUUGUUAAUCUUCAGUGUCAACCUCUUGAUUGCUCGAUUCUGACUUAUUUGAUUCAUCGAUGAUCUACUGAUUUAUACCCGAAUCUUGUUUUUAUACCUCUACUAUGGAAUUCAAUUCCCGUUAUAUUGCUUUCAUAUGUAAUUUAAUUAUAAUUGUUUCAAUUGUUGUCGAUGUUAGUCGAAUAUCUGUUUCGGAGCAACUCUAAAAGUUUUUUGGAUUCAAACAUAAUGCCGUUCCGGUUUCAUGUGACGUCAAAUAUAAUCCUUUACCGAGUCCCUGCACGGAGAGAAAUGUUCAACAAAAAUUGUAGUUCUGGUACAACAAUUUAGUACCAAGAUGCAAGCUUCGUUUUUUUUAUUUGUUUUUCUUAUAAAACUUGUUAAGUGUUGAAUAUUAUUUGUUUUGUAGAUUCAUAAUUUUUGUUAAACAGAACCACAAUUUUUAUUGAACCACAAUUAUUAGUCCGCUUUAUUACUAAUUUUAUUUUCUAAUUUAAUAAUUUUUAUUUUCACUUUAAUAUUUUUUGUUUUGUGCAUUAUAAAUUUUGUUGUUCAGUACAACAAUUUUUGAGGUCCAACAAGACUUGUAUACCGCGUAAGAAUUUUUGUCUUAGAUCACCACAAAUUUUGUGGUUCUAGAACCACAAUUUUUGUCAGCUAGUAACAGAUGAUACACACAAACAAGUUUGGGAGGGGUGUGUUAGUUGUGUGAGUUAUUACUGUUGGCCGUUACAAGUAAUGUUUAUGCCUCACUCUGAAUUAGAAGAGAUUGGUUUGGACCUGUCAUUGAUUGACAAAAACACAAAAAAAUAUGUAGACAUUAUUUGAUUAUUUAAUUAUUGAAGAAUUAUA